GGCGCCUACGCGGCGAACGAGCGCUGGUGCGGCCCGCCCGGCUUCCCCUGCGCCCGCGACCUUGGCCUUGACGCCAGCUGCGGCCCGGCCGCCGCCUCGACAUGGACCCCGCCGGCCAAGAUAUCAACCUGAAUUCUCCUAACAAAGGUCUGCUCUCCGACGCCAUGACGGAUGUCCCUGAGAACACAGCCGUGGCCGCCCAGGCGCCUGCCGUUGAGGGUCUGACGGAGGCCGAGCCCGAGGCGGAGGAGCUCAGGGCCGAGCUUGCAAAGGUAAAGGAGGAAAUCGUCCCCCUGUGCCGGGUGCUGGCAGCCAAGGAGAGGCACUGUGCAGAGCUGAAGCGGAAGCUGGGCCUCUCUGCCCUGGAGGGCCUGAAGCAGAAGCUGUCCAGGGGCUGGCAUGACGUGCAGGGCUCCAGUGGCUACGGGAAAACUUCUGAGAAACUCGGAGGGUGGAAUGAGAAAGUGACCCAGUCGGACCUCUACGAGAAGACCCAGGAAACCCUCUCUCAGGCGGGACAGAAGACUUCGGUGGCCCUCUCCACCUUGGGCUCCGCCAUCAGCCGGAAGCUCGGGGACAUGAGGAAUUCUGCCACCUUCAAUCUAAGGUUGUCGGUGGCAGAGAGAAUGGCCGUGACAACCUUCCCUCCCCGACCGGGAGUGGUGGCAGACCCCUGCCCCAUCACACGCCCUUCUAAGCCCGUAGUGGCUUUGCCCGGCCACAGAACAAGCACACCCUCAUCGCCCCAACUGCAGUUUCACGCGGCAGGUGUUGAGGACGAUCAGGCCAUCCCCAUGGAGAUGUGGCUGCCGCGCUCGCGUGGGUCAGAGAACACGUCUCGUACACAGAGGCAUCCCCCUCUCUUGGCAGAUCAGCAGCCCACUGCGCCGUCCUGCCCCAGGGCAGGAAGCGGGCGGGGUGACUGGGCCAGAGCCAGGCUCCUGUUGGGAAUCUUGUUAGUCAGUCAGCAUGUUGAAGGUGGGGAGCGAUAAGUGUAAAAAUACGUGGUGUUUUCUAAGCUCCCUCCCCAAGUCACAGCAGGAACAGUCAUCCAGAAAGCCCUGCCUUGAGCUGCAGUUUUAUUUCAAAAUGCUAAACCAGAAAACUACCCAGUUUCUCAGACUUUCCAGAAAGAAGCUGAUUAUCAGCAGCUGCCUAGUCAUCACACUAAUGGCCCAGCUUUAACAGAAGCGAAGUCUUUAUUUUUUAAAUGCGGUGGGUUUUUCAAAAAAUAAAACUAAGCCAAGCA